AUGUGGCCAGUUGACGCUUCGCCGCGAUCGCGCCAUGUUGUGCCUGCUCCUGCUCGUGCUCGUCGCGAACGAGAUCCGACCCGCGUACGUGACGGACUCCCCGUCCUUCGCGGAUAGAUUAGACAGACUAUAUGAAAAGUUAGAAAAAAUAACAGUUGCACCGGCAAAAAAGUUCAACGAUAAACUAUACGCUAAAUUGGAAAGGUUAAAUUCCCUCACGCCGGCCGAGCUCAGCGAGGAUGAUGAAGAAUUAUUGUCGGCGAUGCAAUUGUGGGGGUCGAUGAGUGAUGACCAGCUGAGAGGAGUUGUGCAGGAGAUGCAGAGGAUGAGGGAGGAUGAUAAGAGUGAACGUCUGAAUGAUGAAUACAGUGAUGGAUACUGGAACGAUGAUGACUUGGAACAAGAUCUUGGUGAUGGAGAUUACGCCAACGAUGUUGGCGAAGAAUGGGACCCAUUAGAGGAAGACAGCAGCUCCACCAGCAGGCCUCUAUUAGGAGUCACGCCUUCUGCCUUCACCAGACUAGAUGUAUCCAGACAUACAACUCUCGAUCCUGUCGCCGCAACUAACGAACGGCCUAGGAUUUUAGAAGAUUCUCACUCUACAGCGGAAGAGCGUGUGUUCUUACACAAGAGCGCAAUAGCGAAUAUGCGCAACGUCGUCCACUCCGGUAAAUGUCUCACACCGCAGCCGAGGUGGCUCUCCGUGAGGAAACUGGCGCCAGCUGCAGAUACUCUUUACAUACCGCCGUGCGUGCAGCUGCACCGCUGCGCUCCAGACUCGGGAUGUUGUUACGACGAGAGCCAAGUCUGCACGCCCGUCGAUGGGAAAUACGUCGCUUUAUCGUUCUUUUUAAACAGAGCCGGUAGUAACGUCACACCCGCCAGGAUAUUAUUCUACAAUCACACACGAUGCGCUUGCGUAUCAAAAGAAACGCAACAGAAUACACCUAGAACGAAGAUUUAUCACGGAGACGCGAAAGAGAUCGAAAUGAGGGAGGAAAAGAACGAGAGUGCAUCGAAAGAAAGACAAAACGACUGGAGAGCGCCCACUGAAGAACCUAGAUUAGAAAGAGACGAGGAACAGACUUCUCCUCCUCAAUUAAAAAGAUGCACCUGUCCAGCACUGUUCAAGAAUCGUAUAAAAGACGGUAUAUGUUCCUGUGUUUGCGAUUGGCCAGAAAUAACUCGUAAACGCGAUUGCCUAUCCCUCGCAAGAGGCAAAGAACACUUCGGAUUGAGGGAUAGAGUUUGUGUCUCGCAAGGGGACUGCACGACACCGACCUGCGAGUACGGACCCUACGAGAGAAGUUCCGGCAGAUGUCCGUACAGACGUUUCAAAAGAAGAUUCCAUUCAAGAAGAUACCAGCGCGACAAAGUCUGAUUCGACAUCGUCAUCGGUAGACCUUACUAAUUUUCCACUUGACAUUUCUAAAUUAAACGUUCAUAUCAGCUUCAAAAUAUAUGAGGUACUAAGUUGAUCUAAGUCAGAAAAUUCCAUAGAUAUUAGUGGAGUUGGGGCCCAAGAUAAGAGGGUAUACGUGUUGACAAUAUUUGAGACAAAGCGAGGUUGGUCCUGCCCAUGCACUGCCAACAGUGAAACCUAUGAUCAGUUUCCUGUCAGAAUUUAUGAUGAAAUGAUAUGGAGAAUCGUGAUUGAGUGGUAAUCUAACUACCAACAACUAAAAUAUAGACUGAUAGUUAAAAAGCUGAUGCACAAUAAUGCAACGUGAAUUAUGAAGCAACAUAAUAAGGACGUCGUUACUUAAUAGCGACCGUUUAGCGUUAUUUCGUGUAAAAUAUCUUUUUUUUUAAUACUAGUCCAUUCAAAAUAUUGAUAUUUUUUAAUGUGUAAUAUCAUAAACUCACGGUCAUUUUUGAUUCAAUUUCACGAAUGCGACGAAUGAAAUUAAAUAUAUAUAAAAAAUCGCGAUAUGUAAUUUACUACUACUUUAAAUUAGUUCAAAUAUUAUACGUCAUUGGCGACUUCUUUCAAGACUACCGACAUUGUGCCUAAUAAAAAAGUUUAAAUUUUAACGUCAUAGGAUUCUAUUUAACAAUAUUCGUUACAUAAGAAGUCAACUAUAACAUAGGUAAGGAUAGUUUGUAUAAAUAAGAGGUAUUAUGUACAAUAAAAUAAAGAGUUUUUUUUUAACAUCUGUUAUUUAUUAAGGCUUAUGAAAUAUAGCCAUGUUUUAAUGUUUCAUCUUAAUGAUUUGCGUGUGCAAGCUAUGUAUUACGAUAGUCAACAAAUACUAAUUAAUUUUAUACGGUAGCAAAAUUAUCUUUAACGCACAAUAAAAUUAUUAUUACUAAAUUAUAUACAUAUUUUUUUCGAUUUACGCAUUUUAUAUACUUGUGAAAAUCCUUUAUUAUUAUUACAAUAAUACAAAUGAACAAAACUUUUAUGUUAUGUAUAAUAUUUAAAAAGCGUAAAACCUUGCAUAUAAUCAUAAUAUAUACGUUUGCAUAAGUGCCAUAAUUAU